GUGUUUGUACAACGGCCGAACCGGUCGGCCGGUUCAAGGUCUCUUCUCCUGCACCACCGGCGUUCGCAGCACCACCGCCACGGCUGCCGCCGAUAGGGCUGGACAAAGUGUGCGCGUUCCGGCGUUCGGUCGGUAGUACACGUCCAACCGCGGUCGCUGGUCACUGGGGCGUUCACGUGCUGACGACGAGAGCCCCGCGAACCGAGAACGUUUUUUACUCGAUCGACGACGUUUCAAAUUAUUAUUAUUAUUAUUCAUUUGUUUUAACGGCCGUGUUUCAUAUUAUAUUGUGCCCACGCACUAGCCAGCCAUACUGAAACAGUGUUUCCGGCCGACAGACGGAUUGUCGUGCUGUUACACUAUUACUGCUGUGUGUAUAACGGAUAUUGAUGUAAUAUUAUUAUGACAUAGAGGCGGAGUACUGCGGAACGUUCUGCGUUUUGUACGAUUCGUAUCGUUUUCCACCGCGGUAACGUUGGAUCGAGACGGUUUUCCCGCAGCGGCCGUCGUAUACCUGUUAGUGUAUAGUCGCAGACAUAUAUAGGAUAUUUCAUUCGCGGGUUAAGCUCAUUUGGCUGAACGAAGUGUACGCAUAGUGUACACGGCGAAAGUAGUGUACUUCAUCCCAUACCUGCACUAUUACUUUCCAGUUAAACAACCAUGCGGGGGUUGUCUUCGGGCAUCGAUGAUACCGGCGGUGGCUGUGACAAUGAUAUUGACCAAUUUCAAGGAAAUGAAGCAGAAGACCACUUUGAACCGUCGUUGUUCACUGAAUAUUCCCCACUUCCACUGCCCGAAGAUGUGCAUAAUGCUUUCUUGGCCGCCAACUUGUUGUUGCUUUACCUGAACCUGGCUAGGCUGUCAACUAUGUCAAUUGGUGACGCACAUCAGCUACCGAAUGUCGUCAACGACCGUGACGACCGCAACGACGACGAUAACAAAAUGCAUGACCAACGUGACUUGGUCAUCAAGUAA